GCGGCGAUAAGCCGGAAGUCCUGGUUUCAUUGCGGGUCUGACGCUGCUCGGGUCUGUGGCUCUGUUCUCUGCCGCUUUCGUCUCCUCCCCCCGCGCGCCGCCCCGCUCUCUGGGUGCGCAGAUGGAUCCCGUAGGAGUCGCCGAGACCAGCCCGGGCCCCGCCUGGCAGAGCAAGUGUCCAUGGGGAACCCCUAAAACUGCAAUAGUAUCAUGUUCUCUUGCUGAUGUGAUGAGUGAACAGUUGGCAAAAGAAUUGCAACUGGAAGAAGAAAAAGUUGCUUUUCCUGAGGUGGUUACUGUUGCUGAAGGGCCAUUUAUUACAGAAGAAAAUACUGACACCUCAAAUGACUUAGUGCUAGCCCAGAUGCUACAAAUGGAGUUUGACAGGGAGUAUGAUGCACAGCUUCGACGUGAAGAAAAAAAGUUCAAUGGAGAUAGCAAAGUCUCCAUAUCCUUUGAAAAUUACCGAAAGGUGCAUCCCUAUGUGGAUAGUGACAGCUCAGAAGAUGAGGUUGACUGGCAAGAUACCCGUCAUGAUCCUUAUAGAGCAGAUAAACCCACUACUACUCCAAAAAAGGGCUUUAUAGGAAAAGGAAAAGAAAUUACCACCAAACAUGAUGAGGUUGUAUGUGGAAGAAAGAACACUGCUCGAAUGGAAAAUUUUGGACCUGACUUCCAGGUUGGAGAUGGAAUUGGAAUGGAUUUAAAACUGUCCAAUCAAGUCUUUAAUGCCUUAAAGCAACAUGCAUACUCUGAGGAACGUCGAAGUGCCAGACUCCACGAGAAGAAAGAGCAUUCUACUGCUGAGAAAGCAGUGGAUCCUAAAACACGUUUACUUUUGUACAAGAUGGUCAAUGCUGGGAUACUAGAGACCAUCACUGGCUGCAUUAGCACAGGAAAAGAAUCUGUUGUUUUUCAUGCUUAUGGAGGAAAUACGAGUGAUGAGGCUGAUAAAGCUGUACCUCCAGAAUGUGCCAUAAAAGUUUUUAAAACUACCCUUAAUGAAUUCAAGAACCGUGACAAAUACAUCAAAGAUGACUACAGAUUUAAAGACCGCUUCAGUAAACUGAAUCCACGAAAGAUUAUCCGUAUGUGGGCAGAGAAAGAAAUGCACAAUCUGACAAGAAUGCAAAAAGCAGGAAUCUCUUGUCCACAAGUGGUUUUGCUUAAGAAGCAUGUUUUAGUCAUGUCUUUCAUUGGCCAGGAUCAAGUUCCAGCUCCUAAACUAAAGGAAGUAAAACUGAAUAGUGAAGACAUGAAGAAGGCCUACUAUCAGAUUCUUCAUAUGAUGCAACAGUUAUAUAAAGAGUGCUGUCUUGUCCAUGCUGACCUGAGUGAAUACAACAUGCUAUGGCAUGACGGAAAGAUCUGGUUAAUUGAUGUAAGUCAAUCUGUGGAGCCAACCCAUCCUCAUGGACUUGAGUUUUUGUUCAGAGACUGCAGAAAUGUUUCACAGUUCUUCCAGAAGGGAGGUGUAUCAGAAGCACUUAAUGAACGGGAGCUCUUCAAUGAGGUCUCCGGUUUAAAUAUUACAGCUGACAAUGAAGCUGAUUUUCUAGCUGAGAUUGAAAUGUUGGAGAAAAUGAAUGAAGAUCACGUACAGAAGCAUGGAAAGAAGGUGUCUCCAUUUUCAAGUGAUGGAGAUCCUCCAAUAAUAUACAAUGAAUAGCACUGAGUGCAUAUAACACUUUAAAAGAAACAAGGUUCACUGCUUCUAACCAAACUAAUGCAGUGGUAAAUGUUAGCUUCCAAGGUCAAGGGAAUGUGUGGUUGACUUGGAAAACCAAAAAGGAAAGCACAAUGAGUGUACUUUGGUGCUUCAGUAUUAUUGAUCUGCAAGUCAGGCUCUUGGAAUUUUUAGAAUGGCACUGUGAGAAUGGAAUGUCAUCCCCUCUUCUAAUGUUCUGAUUUAACCAACCUUUCAGUUACAUUAGAUUAUUGUAGCUGAGUUAAUAAUAUUUUACAUGAUUGAGACUUUAAAUAUCCUAGUUUUAUUUUUAAUAAUUCCAGAUUGGUGUCUACAGUGUAAAUGGUAGGGAAGAGCAAUAGUCCCUAUCUUCCUUCCCUUUGCCACCCCUAAAAACCAUCUGGUUUAAAAUUCUAUUAUAUACACACAAGUGUAGCCCAUUUUUCCAUAUUUAAAAUUAAAAAGGAAUUAAAUUAUGGACAGUAGUCACUUAAAAAUCUCAUUUCUCAAUAUAACCAUGUUUCAUACUUUUUAAAACCUAGGCUGUUGUUUUUUGGUGGGGUUUUUUCCUUCAUGUAAAUGGAAUGUGGUUUAAGUUGCCAGUCCAAAUAUAAUUUGAUGCAUAUAUGGUUGUGAGUAUGCCUGAACUGUCCAGAGUGCUGCUCUGGCAACAUGGUAGCCUUCUGAUGGCUGCAUUCAGUUUGUGAAAUGGAGCAGAUAGCUAUAAUCUUUUUCUCUGUAGAAAUCCUUCAGAGAUUGCAGGCUGGCUAAAAAUGGAUCCUCUUCAUUCAGACUGUUGAACUCUGUGGGUUGUACUUUGUACACUCUUGAUUCAACUAAAGUCAAAUUAGAAAUUGUAACAGAACCAAAGGUGAUUAUCAGAAUUGAUUUAUUACACAAAGGAACUGAGACAAGAAAUAAAGGUGAACAU